GUCAUUUAAACGGACAUACAUAACCUCAAAGUUUUCUUCCGGUUUGUUGUUCAGAACGUUCAGACUAAAACUAAAAAAGCUCCCGAAAGUGAAAAAUUCUAAGCCUACUUGCAAUGAAUUUUACUUAUACAGAAGAUGAAGCACUGGGCAUCUCCUGUGAUGAUAUUACAACAUUGAGAGAGAUUAUGCUAUAUAGAAUGGAAUGCAGUAGAGAAGUCCGCAUGAGGUUUUACAGAAUCAAUCAGGCCAUUCGGGAUGCUGUAAAUGGGAUAAAUCAUUUUAAUUUAGAUGCUGAGCAUUUGGAAUUGGUUAAAGAUAUGUUUCACCUCGUACUUGAAGAAGUCCGUAAGUUUACAAGAAAGAUCAACUACUUGAUAAAAUUGAUCUGCCUUCGUUCAAAUGCAGAAGAUUUUCGCGUUAUUUUGUUAUACUUGAGUGAAAUGAUUGAUUCAUAUGACCAAUGGAAUGAGAACCUAAUCAUCGUGAUGUGGACUAUUGGAGGAGAGAAUCUGUGGAAUACUUUUCCAAAGCCAAUUUUCGUUGUACCGGAACAGCUUGAAUACAUAGAAUACGACAGCAUUGAUUCCCUGCUUGAUGAUGAUGCGUCUGAAAGAUUUGAAGAAGAUGACUAAAGAGUAUCUCUAGAGAAUCAACAAAUCCGGAAGAGGUUUUUAGUUCCCUUCAUUCUGUGAUUUUUUCUAAUUUCCAAAUGUUCCAUAACCUCAAUUUUACUUGUUUACCUCAAUCUAAAAAAAAAUUAAAACCUUUUUUUUGAAAAUCUUGAUAAUCAAACAUAACCUACAAAUUUCUUUUGUAUUUCAUCGAAUUUCAUCAUAUCACAGAAUUUUCCUUUAUUCAUUCAAUAAAAGCAGCAAAAAUGUACAAAAAAA